AUGGAAAUCAUUCCUGAAGGUAGACACUUUCGUUUGGUGCAUGAAUCAGAGCUUCCAGAAAUUUUGGUAACUUUAGAGCGCUAUCUGCCGGAAUCAUUAAAGUUUCAUCAAACCAUUAAAACGUACCUGAAUGACCGUAUUUGGGACUUCAAGUUUUAUGUUGCUAAAGAUUGGCCCGAAAAGCCGAUAAUAUUACAUUUUCCAGGAUGCACGCUUACGCCCCACAACAAUAUAUACCAAGCAUUUGGCAUAUUUUGUCCAUCCGCACAAAUCGAACAUGUCGAUCUGAUGCGCACCGAAGAUGUACUUAUAGAUUGGCAGAAGCCAUUGUACCUGAACUUUACGCACAUCGCUAUUAUGAAUCGCCUGGAUGAGUUCUAUUCGAAAAUUGGGCUGAUGGAGCGACUUAGUGGUGAUAUCUAUGUGUGUAAUAAUCUUAAUACGGAACUGGAGCUUGAGCCCUUGCCCGAGGAUGCUGAAAUGCGUCUGCUGACACUUGAUAAUGUCCAGGGCAUCCACGAUCUAUAUCCGGCCAAUGAAAUCGAGUGCGUCAAAUUAUUUGAUAUACUUGUACGCGUGCUGCCCGGUUUGGGUAUCUUCCGUAAGGAUACCAACGAACUGGCAGCAUGGAUGGUCCAUUCAUACUACGGCGCAAUGUUUUCGAUGCAAACACGUCCAGAUUAUCGACGCAUGGGUUACGGCAUUCGUCUGGCCAAGGCGUUGACUCAACUUGUGAUUGAGCGUGGUUAUACACCAUUCGUUGUGAUACGUCCACACAAUGAUGCAUCCAGGAAUCUGUAUACGAAACUGGGCUAUGUCAAGGCGUACGAAACAUGUCGCGUCCGGAUGACACCCGAUUGCUAUGAGGAUAGCACAGUGGGCACCAUAAGUAACACAUCCUAUGCCAAGUUUCCACCACUACCUCAGGGGGAGUGUGUUGUUGCUCUGCGCAAGCAUGUGCCCGGCGAGAGUCAAACUGUGGACGAUGAGGGCAUCGAGGAUAUGUUGGCUGAAAAAUGUGAUAUCAGCAACGAUGAGGCUAGAGAGCGUAAGACCACAACUGAUGAGGGCAUCGGGGAGGAUAAGUAAAAGGCGGCUCCAAGAGCCCCCAUUACAGAGAGCUACAGAUUGAUUGAUUGAACGCUAUAUACAUAUACACAUAUAUAUAUGUAUAUAUAUAUAUAUAUAAACUAUAUAUACUUAUAGAUAUGCAUAUGGAAUACGUAUAUGUAUGUAAAGUCUUAAGCACCUAGAUCUAGGCAACAUUAGGGGACAGGACAGGAUUGACAGGAUUCUCAUGUCGUUUCGAGUCGAUUGUACUUAUUUAAACAUAGAGCAAGGCACAAGUGGCGUUAAUUUUUUAACAAUUAUAUGAACAAAAAAAGAAGAUUAUGAAAUAUCUACAUAGUAUUUACAUUUAUCUAUGUACGAGUAUAUUUAUAGAUGGUAUAUGAAGCUUCCUCACACAAAGCGCAGCGUGUUUUCAGUACGAUAAUUGCUAAACAAGACGAACGUUAGUAACAAAUGAUUUAUUUUAUAUAUAUUAAAAAUUCAAACUGAAUGAUAACAAAUAAAAAAACAUAACAAAAAGACAUAGGCGACAUACGUAAUGGAACACGCUGUUUUUGAAGAUCCGAUUUUAGAAAUGAACAAACAAAAAAAUUUUUAAUUUUUUGCUAAAAAUGCUUUUACAAAAUAAAAUCCAAAAAUUAUAAUGAAAACAAAAACAACAAGACGACGAUGGCUCAGUGCGAAAAAAGGAGCAUAAAAAUUUAUUAUAAACUAUAGAAAUAUAUAUAAAUAUAUCUAUAUAUCAAAUUGUUAACAAAGAAAAAAAAACUAAAACAACAACUCACUCAACUACAAAGAUAAGUACUUCUCUCUGGCUCCACGCAAACUCAGAACAGGUAAAUCAAUUAUUAAAAUGAUAAACGGUUUUGGUACCAAAUAUUUUACGAAACUCGUAUACUUGGCGUAUAUAUGGGCCAUGCGAACUCUCUCUCUUUCUAUGGUUAUUAUACUUAGCUUUUCACAUUUUCGAAACUAAUUUUAUUUUCAAUAAACAUUUCAAUUAGCAUGGCCCAAGCGAUACAACGCUUUGAUUUUGAAAGUACAUUUGGAUUUAUAGGCUUUUUCAAAUUUAUAUAUACCCAAAAAAAAAAAAAAAACCAAACUAAACAAAAAUAAAUGUAUAUUUUAUUAUUACGAAAUUUUAUUAAACUAUAUGCAAAAGAGUACUAAAUGAUUUUUUGCUCCUACAUAAAAUAUUUUUUAGCCUAAAAUGAAGAAAAGAAAACAAACAAAAAAAAAGAAAGAAAAUAAACACGCCAAAGAUGUCUUCUGCUUUAUUUUAAGUACGUACUUUCUAUGCAAAGGUAAUAAAAAUUAAAUUAAUAAAACUGGCUAAGACACGACUGCAGCACGAACAGAUUUAAAUCGUUGAAUGCCGUUAAUUAAUUUUUUGCCUUUGCCUAUUGAAAACAUUUAAUUAUGAAAACACAAAAUAUACGCAAGAAAAUCAAAUUAAAAAUGAAUAAUGAAAAACAACAAAAAAAAAAACACGUUAUAUAUUACAACUGCUAUAUUGUAUGUACUCGAACUAAACAAAAUGAAGCAAAUUUAAAUAAAUACCAAUAUUGAGACAGCAGAAA